UUCUUCCCCUAACAACGCUCCUCCCUCCAAGCGUCUAGAUCACAGUUCACCUGCCACCCGCUAACAUGACCGAACUAAUUAGUAAUUACUUGCUCACCAAAACACAAAAGAGUUUAUCACAGAAAUGGCCAUCUCACUUUGAGGUCGCUAGCAUAUUAGCACCUAAACUUUGCCUUUUCAACCAACUUUGAUGUCAGUCACUAGAGUUUAGUAUAACUACAAAAUAGUCAUAAUAUGUUUAUUCUCCGUUGUGUUAACCGUUCAAAUUGACCAGAUUAGCAUGUCAGCUCAAGUGCUCAACCAGACCAAUGAAUCAAAACAAUUACAUCGACCUUAUUUAGAUGAAGUAGAUGACCUGAGUCUAACUCGUGCUCGAUUCGUAUCAAACCUUUUACACUACCCAAUUCCUAGCCACACAACAGCUGAAACCAGUCCAAUAAUCCCCCUUCCUCACCCUACCUGACAACUAAUCAGAGAGUGGAAAAGAAAGGCCUAUCUUAACUCAAAUCAGCACGUUCCAAAUUCAUUACCUGUCGCGUGAUUCGCAUUGCGCAUCGCCUGAUACCACUCCAACCAGAUAAGCUCAUCACAGAAGCAACUAGUAUAUCAUCAUUCUAAAAUUCAUUGAGAACCUGGAUAAGGAAUAAAAAAAAGUGAAAUACGUCAGCAACUCAAAGUUCAGUGACUAUUUCUGCAAUUGUCCCAAGUUCAUUUUGUUUCUUCCUUGCUCAUCACUGUAGUCAUAUUGUCAAUUAUUAUGAUUUGGCCCCGAUCAGGAACCCUCCUCGUCAUUCCCAUUUCCCCCAUGUGGGAUUACAUAAAUAAAUUCGUGGCAAGCAAACAAGACAAGAAAUGAGAGAUGAAGGGACUGACCAACUAUUAAAAGUCGGCGGCUCCAGUCUUGUGACCUUCACGGUCAAUUAUCUCCUACCGCCCUUUCCUCUCCUUUUCCCUUCCCCUUUUCCGUCCAUAUUUAUUCCUCCACAAAUCCUCCCAUUUCCCAGAUUGCAGAGUUGGCAAUAUUUUGCAAUCAUUCCAUUCCCCCAAACCCGAAAAACCUCUCUCUCCAUCUUCCUAGUUUCCUUCCACACUACAACCGAGAAACAUUUCACAAAGUAUAAACUCGAGAAUGGAGGUGAUCAUACCUUCAUCACCAGGCGGAGGGAUGGGAUUCGACUUCAACGACGCCAGGCCACUGCCUUUCCUGAGCGCGCCGGCUUCCCCGCGGCGGUUCGGCGACCUCACCCUCAGCGCUCCGACCAGCCCGGGGCGGGUGGCGGAGUUCUACCGCAGCUUCGAGAACUUCUCCCUCAUGGGCGAGUACGUGGAGCAGAGCGACGACGGCGGCGUCCCCUUCCACUGGGAAGAGAAACCAGGGACGCCCAAAUCGCCCAAGAAGCUGCCUUCCUUCAACGACCAAGAUUUCGCUUUCGAUUUCAGCGCCGAUUCGGAGAUGUCGUCUCUCACCGCCGACGAGCUGUUUGAUGACGGCAAGAUCCGGCCUUUGAAGCUCCCGCCGAGGAUGCAGGUGGAAGAGAUCAAAAGCCCCCUGGUUCAUUCCCCCAGGUCUCCCAGGUCGCCUAUCGAGCAGGGGAAGAGGAUCAUAAAGGGCGCAUUCUCCCCCAGAAAGAAGAAAGAUCAAGCUGCUCCAAUGGAGUUUGUUAAUUCGAGUAAUGAAAGGGGAAGAGGGAGGAAUCUGACCUCGAGUUCAAGCAGGAGAGGGGCCGCGAGAUCUUUGUCCCCGUACAGAGUUUCGCAGUAUCCAUGGGAAGAAGAGGAGAGACAGUUUCAACAACAGCCACAGCCAGAGACAGAGCACAAUCUACAGCCUGUUUCUUCUGCUGCUCCUGCUGCUGCUCCGAGUACCACCGGAAAGAGUUCGUCGAGGAAGUGGAGACUGCGGGAUCUGCUGUUGUUCAGAAGCGCGUCGGAAGGGCGAGCUGCGGACAGGGAUCCUUACAGAAAGCACGCGGCUUUCGGGGGUUUGUUCAGGAGGCACGACGAUGUGAAGAGCUGCAGCAUCCGGUCGUCGGACAGCAACGGCUCGAAUUCCGGGUCGAUGAGGAGGAAAGGACCCAUUUCGGCUCACGAGCUGCAUUACACCAAGAACAAAGCAGCAUCGGAGGACAUGAAGAAGAGGACUUAUUUGCCUUACAAACAGGGGAUUCUCGGGAUGAGAUUAGCCUUCAGUCCUUCCCCUGCUCGAUAAAACAAGGAGACGAUACUACAAAAUACAUAUAUACACAAUCGUUGAUUCAUCAAAGUGAAGAGCUUUCUUUUGUUCUUUUGUUUGAUCUUCUUCCCCAGUUGUCUAUAUACGCUCUUCUUCCUGUUCUGUGAAGAGCAAAGCACAGAGGAAAAGAAAACAGAUAGCAGCAGCCUAGUCUAUGGUGUUCUUGAGCAACCAUAUCACUGGCAUUUCCACAGUUCAUACACAGCACAAAUAGCUAUAUCAAUUGCAUUUUCCCCCUUUCUAUUUUUGUUUCCAAUCAUCUUGUAGUACUGUAGAAGGAUAGUAAAUAUUCCUAUAUCCCAGCAGUUACAGCAGAUCAUCAGGUUAAUUCAUUAGUAUAAUAAAUUGUUUUUGCUGCA